AUGUGCAGAAGGUCCUUUCAGUUUCAGCUUCUGCCCGCAUACAUUGUCGUGUUGCUAAGCAUGAGGAUGGUUGUGAUUGGAGUUGAUUCUGGAGUCAGAGAUGCUGGCAUCCAUUGCGUAGAAAGGGAGAGGCGUGCUCUGCUCAUGUUUAAACGAGAGCUCAUCGAUGAAGAUGACAUUCUCUCUUCUUGGGCAACUGAUGAAGAAAACAAAAAUUGUUGCAACUGGAUGGGAGUUCACUGUAGCAACCGAACUGGUCAUGUGAUUCGGCUCAACCUUGGGUCCAACUCUUUGGGAGGUAACAUUAGUUCUUCACUGCUUGGAUUGCAACAUCUCUAUCAUCUGGACCUCAGUGAAAACUAUUUUGGUUGGUAUACUCCUGUCCCAGACUUCAUUGGUUCCCUUAGCAAUUUAAGAUAUCUCAAUCUGUCAUUUUCUUUCUUUAGUGGAACACUGCCUUACCAGCUUGGAAAUCUUUCUAACUUGCAUGCUCUUGACCUCAGCUGGAACUAUGAUAUGUAUUUUUCAAAUCUUGAGUGGCUUUCUCAUCUCCCUCAUUUGGAAUACCUCGACAUGAGGGAUGUCAAUCUCAGUAGUGCCAUUGAUUGGCAGCAAGCAACUAAUGGUCUCUCUUUUCUAACACACUUAUACCUAGGUGGGUGUGGCCUCUCUCAAAUAGUUCCUCCCUCUCCCCACCAAGUUAACCAUUCUUCAUCUCUUCUUGUUCUUGAUCUCUCUGAAAACAAUCUCAAUUCUUCCAUAUACCAAUGGGUUUUCAACUUCAGCAGCAACCUUGUGCAGGUUGACCUCUCGAGUAACAACUUGCAAGGUCCAAUUCCGGAAGCUUUUGGGAGAUUAUGUGGGUUGAAGUCAUUGCUUCUAUAUAUGAAUGAGUUGAGCCAAAAGCUUUCAGGGCUUUUUGAAACACUACUAGGCGGUUGUGGAGGGCACUUAUUCGAGAUUUUGGACUGA